AUGCUGCGGUGGUUGUCGCUGCCAAAAGACAGGAACAUUGUCGCAGGCUCUUCGGAAGCGCAAUCCAACCAGCCUCCACCAAACACUUUAAAGACAAACCCUGGACCAAGACUCAAGAAAUUCCUCUCAGAAGUUGAGGAGGGAGGAGUCUGGCAGGGAGUGAAGCUGUCCACAUCCAGGACAGAUGACAGCAGUUUCCAAAUGCUGAAGAGUCAGCUGAUUGACAAGCUGGUCAACUUUAUCUCAGAGCGGUACAACAGUCUGGACACUGGGAGGAAGCAGCUGAACGAGAGUGGCUUGAGCUAA